CAUUCAUUCAUUCAUUUAAAGAAAAAUGGUGGCUUGAAGUUUGUAUUACGGAAAUGUAUAAUUUGUAAUUAUUCGUAAAGAUUUGUAAUGUUACAGUCUAAAAUUAUGCUAAAAUGUCGACACCAGUGUCGAGCCGUAAAUAUGGAGCUCAGAAAAUUAGAUUAACAAUUCUUUGCGCAAGAAAUUUGGUGCGCCGAGAUAUUUUUCGAUUACCAGAUCCUUUCGCCAAAAUUACAGUUGAUGGCAGUGGCCAAGUAUAUUCCACAAACGCAGUGAAAGCUACUCUUGACCCAAAAUGGAAUUCACAUUAUGACCUAUACCUUAACAAGGGUGAUGGAAUUACAAUCAGUGUUUGGAAUCAGCGAAAAAUACAUAAAAGGCAAGGAUCUGGUUUCCUUGGUUGUGUACGAAUUCAACCUUCUACUGUGCAUAAGCUCAAAGACACUGGAUAUCAAUGCCUAGAACUAUGCGAGGAUGGAUCUGGCGAGACGUGCGGCGUGAGAGGGCAGGUGAUAGUGUCGCUGCUGUCGCGUGACGGCGCCCGAGGCGAGCCCGCGUCGGCGGCGGGCGAGGGCUCCCCGCUGGCUGUGGUCGGGCCCGCGGGAGACGUCCGCUCGCCCAGGGACCCUCCAGCCAACAACUCACAAAGCCCACUCCCGCAAUAUUGGGAGGAGAGAUUUACACCGACUGGCAGGGCUUACUAUGUGAAUCACGUGUCGCGGCGCACGCAGUGGGAGCGCCCCCUGGAGCCGCACGCGCCGCAGCCGUCGUCGCCGGCCGCCUCGCCCUCCACCUCGCCGUGCUCCCCUCCGUCACCCUCCACACCCUCUUCCCCCGUCGCAGACCCCGAUGUCAACCACGCCACGUCUAUCUCUUUGAGGCCCGAGCCACAGCCGCAAACAGCAGUGCGGUCGCGUACUGCGGCAGUGUCGUCACCUUCCACACCCAGCACUCCAUCGUCUCCCGCGUCUAUGGCACCUAUAGCUGCCACUGAUCUGCCUCCAGGAUAUGAAAUGCGCACGACACCGCAAGGCCAAGUAUACUUCUACAACGUAAUGACGGGGUCCUCCACGUGGCACGACCCCCGCGUGCCGCAGCACAUGCGGCACGUGUCGGCCGGCGCCGGCCCGCUGCCCCCGGGCUGGGAGAUGCGGCACGCCCCCUCCGGGCGCCCCUACUUCGUGGACCACAACAACCGCACCACGCAGUUCACUGACCCCCGCCUGGCGCUCUCCGCUAGGUUCCUGCAGCCAACAAAUGGCGAGACGAGUCCCCCAGCGGCGUCGGCGCCGGUCCCCGCAAGUCCGGCGGUGGAGCCCUCGGAGCCCGAGACUCUGCCGAAGUACAAACGAGACCUGGCGGCCAAAGCUAGGGCCUUGAGGGCAGAACUGCAGGCGUUGCAGCCGCAGACUGGACAUUGUAGGAUAGAGGUAUCACGUAACGAAGUACUGGAAGAAUCGUACCGGCUCGUGAUGAAACUGCGAUCGAAGGAGCUCCGCAAGCGGCUGCUGGUGAAGUUCCGAGGUGAAGAAGGCCUGGACUACGGCGGCGUGGCUCGGGAGUGGCUGCAUUUGCUGAGCAGGGAACUGUUCAACCCGCAGUACGGACUGUUCCAGUAUGCCAAUGCGGGGGACGAUAGAUAUGCGCUGCAGAUCAAUGCUGACUCUGGGGUGAAUCCGGAGCACCUGUCGUACUUCCACUUCGCGGGGCGCAUCCUGGGCGUGGCGCUGUUCCACGGCCACCAGCUCGACGCCGCCUUCACCGCGCCCUUCUACAAGCAGCUGCUGGGCCGCACCAUCACGCUGCGCGACAUCCGCGACGUCGACCCCGAGCUCCAUCGCUCUCUCUCUUGGAUGCUAGAGAACAGCAUAGCGGGCGUGAUAGACACGACGUUCUCCGUGGAGUGCUCGUCGUUCGGCGCCGUGCGCAGCGUGGAGCUGCGGCCGGGCGGCGCCGCCGACCCCGUCACGGACGACAACAAGCGCGAGUACGUGCGUCUCUACGUCGCGCACCGCUUCACGCGCGGCGCCGAGCGCCAGUGGCUGGCGCUCAAGCGCGGGCUCGAGGACGUGGUGCCGGCGCAGCUGCUGCGCUCGCUGGCGCCGCGCGAGCUGCAGCCGCUGCUGGGCGGCCGCGCCGACCUCGACCCGGCCGACUGGCGCCGCCACACGCGCCUCAAGCACGUGGCGCCCGACGCGCCCGUCGUGUCCUGGUUCUGGGAGGUGGUGGAGGAGUUCGACGCGGAGAUGCGCGCGCGCCUGCUGCAGUUCGUGACGGGGUCGCGCCGCGUGCCGCUGGCGGGCUUCCGCGCGCUGCAGGGCUCCACGGGCGCGGCGGCCCCGCGGCUCUUCACGCUGCAUCUGGUGGCGGACGCCUCGCCGCACUCGCUGCCGAAGGCGCACACGUGCUUCAACCGGCUGGACCUGCCGCCCUACCCCAGCAAGGAGCGCCUGCACGACAAGCUCACGCAGGCCGUGCUCGAGACCGCCGGCUUCGCCGUCGAGUGAUCUCGACGUAAUACACGAGAUAAGUAUCAUGUAGAUAGGUACACGUUUUUACGGAAAUCUUUUGCCGUAAUUUAUGCGCUAAUCAAAUAGUAAAGUUUUAUUUACAAUUUAUAUGUAUUUUUAUAGUAUAAUCGAUUUUAUAUUGUAUUUAAAUUGAAUAUGUGGAUGAUUUACAAAAUAACAGUACGGUAUGCUAAAUAUUGGGGACAGUUUCUGAAUCUUUGAACAUCAUUAUUUAUUUAGUUGAUUUUAAUUGGCAGGUUGACAUCGUGAUAGCUAGUCCCGAGAUCAUAAGACUUUUGAGACUGAUGGAUGUAUUGAAAGGAAGCCACAUGACAAAAAUUUUGUAUAUUUUCUUCAUUGUUACAUGGGUAAUUGCUGAAAAUUUAGUUUUAUGCUGUAUAUAGCCUGCUGACUGACCUAUCUUAGUCAUACAUUAGGCAAAAGAUAGCUUGCUUCAAAUAUAUCUUAACUGGGAUAAUAUUAAUUGGUUUAUGCUCAAAUAAUUACGCGCAUAUUCUUAGUAUAAGUUGAUGUGAUUUAGUUUUUUUGUAAUAUGAAUUUUUAAAAUAACUAUUUUCCGAAUAUACAUUAUAAUGAUUGAUUAUAAUAUAUGAUCAUCGAUCAUUUUAAUAAAAUGGUGUGCAAAAUAUUAACAUCUGAUUAAUUUGCCCUAUGUUUUGGUCAGAUGCAGCAUCUUUUAUUCAGUUGGGUAGGUAUCGCUUUAUAUGCGUAUAUCAAAGAGAAAAUAAUAUGCAUAUUAGAAAUGGGCUGAAUAACUCCCGAUACAUAUUUUAAGAGCCUUUAUUUCUUUAUUAAAAAGUUCAUCGUGUAUAUGAAAUUAACAAUCGUUUAAAGUUUCGUUUAAUUAAACCAUUAACCAGGUUUUCAUUGCGCAAAAUAAUUACUAUGUUUUAUUCCACUAAUAUCUAAAUAUCUACUUUCAGUAUAUUAUAGGGCUUCCGGCAACAUUUUAUCUAUUUCAUAAUGUAAAUGUUACUAUACAAGCUGAAUGUUAUUUUUGUAUAUAUUUCAAGUUUACAUAUUCAGUACAAAACACAAAUACUGUUUAUUAUAAGUAUUUUAUAGUUAUAAAUAUGUACUUGCAUUAUUUAUUUCCAAUUGAUUUGAUAAAUAUACUGUCAAUCGCAGUUCACCUUUUGUACUAUUUUAUGGAUACUGUAAACACAUUGACAUUUGAAACUUAAUUUGCUAGAUUUUUUACACAGUGAAAGGUACCUUGAUUAAUAAUAAAAUGUACUAAAUUGAGGCAGUUGCUCACACUCUUGGUGCCUUAUUGAAAAUAAAUUCAUUUAUGUAAAUAUAUUUAAACGUUUAAUGAAUUUAAGUAAAUAUAUUGUUUUGUGUUUGUUGUUUAUGACUGAUCGCUAUAAUAAUAUUAAACGGUAUAUUAUAGUUUGCGGUAUACAUCGAUGUAUUUGUAUAUAAAUAUUUUGACACGAGACCUGCUGAUAAUUAUUGAUGUUUAGUAUUUACAAUGUAGUUAGGUACAAUAGCGUCGAUCGUGAAACCCGGUCAAAAUUGGUAAAACCAUUAAGUUGACAAAU